AUGGGAAAGAAGAAGAAAACGAAUGAAAGUGGAUCUGCUACCCAACACAGCUCUAGCACUCUGUUCGUCUCCAACUUACCUUACUCUUUCACCAACUCUCAGCUUGAAGAGACUUUUAGUGAUGUCGGUCCAAUCAGGCGCUGCUUUAUGGUUACGCAAAAAGGGUCGACUGAGCACCGUGGAUUUGGUUAUGUUCAAUUUGCACUUACUGAUGAUGCUAAUCGAGCGAUUGAGACUAAGAAUGGUUCGUCUGUUGGAGGUCGGAAAAUCACGGUUAAACAGGCUAUGCAUCGUGCAUCAUUAGAGCAGCGGCGAGCAAAGGCGGCUCAUAUUCAAGAUGAUGCAACAAAGACAAUGAAUGAGAAGGGCAGUGUUACCCCUAAGCCAGAAAAGCAUGUUCCAAAUGUGCCAGAAUCAGGGAAACCUCGAGAGCCGAGAAAACCAGCAAAACUUGUCACUGAUCUAACUGAUAAAGAGAAUUGUUCUGAAAAGCAGAGGGUUGCGAGGACUGUAAUAUUUGGUGGCCUUCUUAAUGAUGCUAUGGCAGCAGAUGUUCAUCAGCGUGCGAAAGAGACUGGCACUGUGUGCUCUGUGACUUAUCCCCUUCCCAAGGAAGAGCUGAAAAAACAUGGUCUUGAACAAGAUGGAUGCAGAUCAGGUGCUUCAGCUGUACUUUUCACAAGUGUCACAGAAGCACGUUCUUCUGUGGCAAUGUUACAUCAAAAAGAAAUAAAAGGUGGAAUUGGUUCCAAGGCACAGAAAUGGAAACUUAUUAUCAGAAAUCUUCCUUUCAAGGCCAAACCAAAAGAGAUUAAAGAUGUGUUUGCAUCAGCCGGCUUUGUUUGGGAUGUGUUUGUUCCACAAAAUUCUGAAACAGGGUUAUCCAAGGGUUUUGCAUUUGUCAAAUUCACAUGCAAGCAGGAUGCAGAAAAUGCCAUUCAGAAGUUCAACGGGCAAAAGUUUGGCAAAAGACCCAUAGCUGUUGACUGGGCUGUUCCAAAAAAGAUUUAUAGUAGUGGUGCUAACGUGUCUGCUGCUUCAGAAGAUGGACAUCAAAAUGAAAGAGACAGUGGCAGUGAGGAUUCAGAUGACGACAAUGAUACAGAUGUUAUUGGAAAAAAUCAACAGCAGGAUGGGGAUGUUGCUUCACCGGACUCGGAUUCAUCUGAAAAAGAAGACAUGCCAGCUGAAGUUGAUUUUGAACAGGAAGCAGACAUUGCGAGAAAAGUUCUCAGGAAUUUGAUCGCAUCAUCUUCUAAAGGUUCUGCUUCUUCCGAUAUGGAUGAUGAUGCAUUGCCUAAGGGGAUUGAGGAGCCAGAUACUGUUGAAAAUGUUAAUGUGCCAAGUAAGUUGUCGGGCGAGUCUGAAAACUUAUCAGGGAGUACUCUAUCGAGCGGCAAAAGCAAAUCAUCUAACAUUAAGCGGAUAGAUGGAGAAGAUGAUUUGCAGAGAACUGUUUUUAUUAGCAAUCUUUCUUUUGAUGUUGAAAAUGAAGAAGUGAAACAACGGUUCUCUGCAUUUGGGGAAGUGCAAUCCUUUGUUCCUGUCCUUAAUCAAGUCACCAAGCGACCUCGAGGGACUGGUUUUCUCAAGUUUAAGACAACAGAUGGAGCAACUGCAGCAGUUUCAGCAGCUAAUGUUGCAUCUGGUCUGGGGAUUUUUCUGAAAGGUAGGCAACUGACAGUCUUGAAGGCUUUGGAUAAGAAAUCAGCGCACGAAAAGGAAAUAGAGAAGACCAAAAUUGAGGAUCGCGACCAUCGCAAUCUUUACCUAGCAAAGGAAGGCCUCAUUCUUGAUGGAACUCCAGCUGCUGAAGGUGUUUCAACUAGCGAUAUGGCUAAGAGGAACAGGCAAGAGGAGAAGAUGACCAAGCUGAAAUCUCCAAAUUUUCAUGUUUCGAGGACUAGACUUGUUGUAUACAAUUUACCAAAGUCAGUGACUGAAAAACAGCUGAAGAAGCUUUUCAUUGAUGCUGUUACCUCACGUGCUACUAAGCAAAAGCCUGUGAUCCGACAGAUGAAGUUUCUAAAGAAUAUAAAGAAGGGAAAGGUUGUCACAAAGGACCAUUCACGCGGGGUUGCUUUUGUUGAGUUUACAGAACAUCAGCAUGCACUGGUGGCAUUGAGGAUGCGUAAAGCUAAGCUUGGAGUGCAGCAGCAGGAAACCCAUAAAGAUUUUCAAGAUACGCAGGAAAAUGACAAGUCACAAACUCCAAAUGUCAUUCCAAGCCAAAAGGAGAUGUCCAGAAAACGGAAAUCCAGAGUUGAGAAUAGAAUAUUGAAGGACUCAGAAUCAAAUAGGAUGGAUGAAGUGGAAAAUAAGGAUUCCAAUAGAACUUCCUUCAAAGAAUGGAGUACUAAAAAGCAGAAGAGCAAUCCGGGAGCUGAAGACAUACAAGCUUCUGGAAAAGACAAGACAGAAAGCGGAAAACAGAAGGCUAGAGGCUCCAAACACAAGAAGAAGGAUCAAGGCAGAAAGCUUGAUAUUGGAAAUUCAGUUAAUACCAAAAAAUUAGUUAAACCUUUCAAGGCAGCAGAUUUGGAGCCAAGAAAGAGGAAGCUUCCUAACCAAGCAGACGAAAAGAAGAGGGAUGAAAGUUCAGAGAGAAGGAAAAGGCCCAAAAAGAACAAAGACCCAGUAGGACAGGACGUGGUAGAUAAACUUGACAAACUGAUCGAACAAUACAAAUUCAAAUUCUCGAAGCAGACUUCCGAAAAACCUGAAGGUGGAAAGCAAGCUAAUAAACAGCUUAAAAGAUGGUUCCAGUCGUAA